GUUAUUUGGUUGUUUAUCUUUUUACUCAACAAUUGCAUUUUGUGCUAACUAACAACAAAACUAAAUAGUUUUAUUGACGGCACUAAAAUUGUUUUCCUAAUAUGUUAAUGAAUAAUUUUAUGUGGUUUGAAGUAUAUGUGAAAAACCACAGAACAAUUUAAAUAAUAAAUAUUAAUAAGUUUCUUGCACCUUAUCGUAAAGUAUAUAAGACGCUGUUAAGAUAAUACCGCAGCACAAAAUUUUCAAAACCACAGUGCAAAAGUCCGGGAAAUCAUGACUAGUCCAGAAGUUUACAGUGCAAAUGACAACCUAAUGAAAUAUAACGUAAAGUAUAUACUCGAAGAAUUUGCCGAGAAUCUAACAAAUAUGCGUGGAAAGUGUAUGGACGUUGGUUGCGGUCCUGGAGAUAUAACAAAGAACUUAUUGUUACCGGCUCUUGGCUCAGAUGCACGAAUAAUUGGUACGGAUAUUUCGGAGAAAAUGAUUAAAUAUGCAAAUGUAUCGUCGAAUGAUGAAAAACGUGUCCAUUUCGAAGUACUGGAUAUUGAAACUAAAAAUUUACCUGAAAAAUAUAUUACUGAAUUUGAGCAUGUAUUUUCGUUUCACGCUUUGCACUAUUGCUAUGACAUUAGACAAGCUUUUAAGAAUAUUUAUCAAAUACUACGACCCAAUGGAACUGCGCUUUUAUAUAUAGUAGCUUCUCAUGAUUUGUUUGAAGUUCUUAGAAUUUUAGCGCGAGAUGUUCGCUUUGAACAAUAUAUACCGGAUAAGAUAAGAAACUUUGGGCCGUAUCAUAAUUCAAAUAAUGCUCGCAAAGAGUUGAAAGAAUUACUUCAAAGCGUCGGAUUUACAGUUUACCAUUGUAGCCUUCGGGAAGCGAGUUAUUCCGAGAAAAAAUCAGAACUGUUUUUGAAAUCAAUAAUAUCCAUUUUGCCAUUUCUUGAAGACAUGCCAAAUGAUGUAAUAGAAAAGUUCAAAAAAGUAUUAAUAUAUAAAUACUUGAAAAAAAAAAUUAACUAUAAAUCAAUAGAUAAUGAGGAACUUACAUUAGAUCUAUAUAAAGUGUUAGUAGUUUAUGCGCAGAAGAUAUAACAAUUGCAUAAACAUGUAUACAAUCAUAGAAACAUAGUAACACAUUUGGUAGACAGCACUAACACUUAUAUUAAUAAUUGUUUAUAAUAUUAAUAAUAAAUACCAUACUAUAUAGAUAUACUAUAAUAUAAAAUAAUUAAUAGUCAAUAAUAAUUUCUUAACAUACAUCUUUAUCUGUACUGAUAUACGUAUAUCAAGUCAAAUUUUAAAAUAUACAACUUUAAACA